CAGAGGGUGAGACCAAUCUGGACAAAUCCAGCGAGAUUAUGAGGCUUGGCAUCGGCUGAGCCCGACUGGCAGAUUUGAGGGUUGCAUGCCAAAGCGUUGAAUGUUUUGCAUGAGAGAAGCGAGUUGUGGUACUCUGUGGAUCCCGAGUUGUACUGCGCAAUACGCAGCGUCGUGUAAAACCGAACAAAAUCAAGAGCAAAAAAUCGGAGUGAGAUCCCUCGCAGACCCGAUCAGAGAUCUGGAUCGUGGUUAGGCGCGGUGCACGUGUCGACCAAAACCGACUCUCCUCCGCAUCUAUGCCUGACUCCGUUGACUCCGACACGUCCAGCAGUGGCCUAUCCGACAGCGACAACUCUACGUUUCAGCGAUGGCGUCGCACAUUUUCUGUAAUUACAGGCCUAGGUGUCAGUCCUGAGCAGCGAAAUGCGGAUCUGGAACGCUAUCAUAGCGAGACCUGUGAGAAGUGGAAGAGAGAAUUGAUGAAUUAUAGUCCAGCGGUCAUAUUCAUGCUGAAGCACCUGAAGCUCUCGGGAUGCGACGUAUCGUCGAAGGAUAUCGUCUGCGCACCAUGCGACUACACGCGAGCGGGAGGCUUCAGCCCCGAGGCAGGCGCCGUCGUUCUCUGUCAGGGUAGGUUCUUCAACAAGGGCCACAUGGAAGACACCCUUGUACACGAGCUGGUUCAUAUGUACGAUCACGCCAAAUUCAAAGUCGACUGGAACAACUUGAGGCAUCAUGCUUGCAGUGAGAUUCGUGCCAACAGCUUGAGCGGUGACUGCCGUUUCGGUCGUGAGCUACGCCGUGGGUUCUUAGCGUUCUCGAAGCAACAUCAGGCUUGCGUGCGCAGACGUGCCAUUUUGUCUGUGCGCGCGAAUGCAGCGUGCCCGGACGACGCGACCGCCGAGCGCGCCGUCAAUGAAGUCUGGGAAAGCUGCUUCAAUGACACGAGGCCAUUCGACGAGAUUUACUAGGCGUCGGAUGGAGGUCAGCAUGCGCAUGGCGGAUGUCACGGAUGCCUCUUCGAAGCCUGUCAGCUGGCGUGUUCGUGAUCACACAGAUACCGAGGUCGUCAGGGUUCUCGAGAGAUAACUGUAGAACUCUGCUACGAUUCUCAGGAGGUGCUUGGAUAGAGCUGUAGACGAACGUAGGAGUAUCGUAGCAUUGACCCCUGCGCAAGGGAAGAACCUACGUAGGCGGGCUGGGCGGUCGAGCCCUCUGCCGCUAAGGCGGCGUAAGAGCUCCGGGUG